AUGAAUCGGGACUAUCUCGCAUAUGCGAGCGUCGCAGUCUCGGUUUUCAUCGCUUACAGCGUCGCAGCAAUUGUUCGCCAGUAUCUACGGCUGCGGCACAUCAAGGGGCCUCCGACCGCUGGGUUUUCCAAGUGGUGGCUCGUUCGGGCAGUUGGCGGCGGUAGGACGCAUCUUGACUUUUAUGAGGCUUGCCAACAGUACGGGUCGAUUGUUCGCGUCGGGCCAAAUGAUCUCAUCACUAGCGAUCCAGAUCUCAUGAAGCGCAUGCUCAACGUGCGAACGACUUACCGGCGAUCUAACUGGUAUGAUGGCAUGAGACUUAAGCCAGGCCAAGACAAUGUGCUGUCCACAAGAGACGACGGGUUGCAUAACAAACUUCGGUCGAAGAUGGCCGCGGGUUAUUCUGGAAAAGAAGUCAAGGAUCUUGAGGCCAAGAUUGACCAGAACGUGCUGCGGCUGGUUCAUUUGCUCGAUAAAUACGUCUCAGAAGACAAACCUUUCGACUUUGGUUUCAAGGCCCAAUAUUUCACGCUCGAUGUCAUUUCUGACAUCGCUUUCGGGAAGCCGUUCGGAGAUUUGGCGACCGACUCGGAUGUCCAAGAAUACAUCAAGACAAUGGAGCAGAAUAUGCCAACGAUUCUCAUGACCAGCGUAUUGCCAUGGCUCCUUGCGCUACUCUCAUCGCCAUUGUUCAGGAGUAUGAUGCCGUCUGAGAAAGAUGCCAUUGGUGUCGGAAAGACAAUGGGGUGA